ACGCAACGUCUUCGUUUGUGCGGCGUGCAUGAGCGAUUCAAGCGCAGCCAAGAAGAAACGUUUUGAACAAUACGGGCCACAGCCAUUUCCGCUUGCCAAAACUAUGCGUGACGCGUAGACAAAGUGAAGCUUCGUUGUAUUUCAGAAAUGGCAAACUGCGCCUCUACGUUGCAGAGGAGAGGCGCCGCUCUGCAGCCUUCCGGCGACUUCCCAACCCAUGCAUUUUUAAAUUUUUUUUGCUUUUUACUUCUCUAUGGACCGUUAUUGCACGUUGCAGGCGCAUCAUCCUAAAAAAAGACGGCUAUCCACACAAACCACGGGGAUGAGAAAGGAAAGGACAUCUUGUUUCCUUACGUCAAAGACAACAUCAAGGAUUACUUGCGAAAACAUUGGGAAGACGAGGAGUGUCAACAGGACGUCGGCCUUCUGAGGAAACAGGCUGAAGAGGAUUCUCACAUGGAUGGGGUUGUGCCUAUCCCACUGGAAACCAGGGACGGGGAAGAAGAGAUCGAGCGUGUUAUCCAGGCGGUUGUAGACAGCGUUCAAUGGCAGAUGUCUUCAGACAGAAAGACCACAGCCUUAAAACAGCUCCAGGGGCACAUAUGGAGAGCGGCCUAUGAAAACGGUUGUGUGAAAGGAGAGUUGUUUGAGGACGUGGUGCCAGCCAUUCGGAAGUGGAGAGAAAGAGGAAUGAAGAUUUACGUUUAUUCCUCUGGGAGCGUGGAGGCACAAAAGCUCUUGUUUGAACACUCGACCGAAGGUGAUAUUUUAGAACUCUUCAACGGCCACUUUGACACCAAAAUUGGCUCCAAAGUUGACAGCGAGAGUUACCAGCGGAUUGCCACAAGCAUUGGGUGUUCUCCGAACAACAUCCUGUUCUUGACAGAUGUCACUCGAGAGGCUGACGCUGCAGAAGAAGUCGACGUUCAUGUAGCAGUCGUCAUUCGGCCAGGCAACGCUGGGCUGACAGAUGAUGAGAAAUCUUAUUACAGACUUAUAACGUCUUUCGACGAACUGUUCCUGCCAUCGUCCACUUAAGACGCAAAAUUGCCCAGGGAAUGAAAGCAAACAACUAGCCGGCCGUCACCUGAUGAAAUUUUCCUGUAUAAUUUAUGGUAGUUUUGUUGGUGAUUUUGAAAGAAAGCAUGUCGGAUCGCUGGAUGCCAAGAAACUAAAGUUGGCGUGAUUGGCAUGUCAGAGUGGCACUCAUGAAGCCCUUUGGUUGCGACGUUCUGCACACACGCCCCCUUGGUAUGACCGUUUCCAUGGGGCUCCAUUGGAGAAUCUCUUGGUGGAUUGUGACCAGGAUGUGACUGUCACAUUUCCAUAACUUUGGAAGCCUCUCCUACAAAUAAAAAUAUCUUAAGA